AUGCGUCUACCCAUCGUAUUCCUUCUCUGGCCCUUGGCCCUUCUAUGUUCGUCCGGCGCUCUCGCCAAUCAAGACUCUGGAAAGUACGAACUGAUACUAUACUGGCGUCUCCGCCAGUUCACGAUCGACGGGCUUGGUCAAGGAACCAACAUUGUCGCACCGAAGUGCGGGGGGAAAUGCACGUUUGAGGACUUCAUCAAGGCCGUCACGCAAACGAACAAAGGAGCCAGGCUCAAAGAUGCAAAUGGCAACAAUAUCAAAGACGCCCAAGGAAGAAUUCAAUACGAGAGAAUCCCGGAUUACACCAAAAUGGACUUCACUCCUUUCGAGACGGACGCGCUUUUCAGCGAUCCUCAGGCUGCUGCGAGGGAAAUCGACAAAGUCGGCUUCACCGGACAGUUUAUGACAGACUCACUGUUUGGGGUCGAUAUGACUUUUGAUAAAGUAAUAGCCAAAGUCGAGGCCGUCAUUGAUGAUACUAAAGAAGCCUUUGCCAAGGAUGGAAGGGACCUGAAAAAGACCUACUUGAAAGAGAUGACAGAUCUACUCCCAAUCAUUGCCAAUGGGCGCCGUAAAGCGGGUGCGGCGAAGAUACGACUGAGUUUCACAAAAUGGGCGGCGAACAAAGCAAACUUGGAAAAUUUGCAAAUUGUGAUGAAGGAUCCGAUCAGUCGUCCACCGUUUGUUUAUGAGCAGAUAGACUUUGAUGCAACUUACAGAGCAAACUCGCAAAGGGUAGGAAUACAGGCUUGGGAGGCCGCGAUCAAAGACUACGCCACAGUUUUCAACUCAAAGGGCCAGGGCUUGAGUCAUGCGAAAGCUAUUCGUUCCAUUGAAGACCUCCAUAAGAAGCUGGAAAACGAUUGCAAGUGA